AUGCAGAAAUUUAUCAUUAAUUUUGCAAAUAUCCAUUGCGAUAAAUGUGAAGGAAUCAUAAGAAACGUUGUGAGUCGCUAUUACAAAAUUAGUGAUGAGACCGAUUUAAAUGCAAACAUAAAGCCAUCUGAGGUUAUUUUCAAACUCGAAAACAAUGAAGUUACGUUGUAUGGUAAUGAUUUAAUUGAUUUCCAUGGCGAUAUCAAGAGUAUCAUUAAAAGUUUGGGGAAAUCUGGGUUUGAUAUUUUGUCCUGGGAUUUACACAAUGGUGACGAAACCGUGAGUUCAUCACAAAUUGUCAAUACUAAUAUCCAAGGAGCCAAUGAACCUGACGGUUUUAUAGAUAUUGUUGGAAUGUACCACAAAUUUAUUAACUCAAGAAACAAAAAGAAGCAUAUGAAAUACUGUAAAGUGUGUCAAGAGUCAGAACAACACAAGAAGAAGUCGACGGAUUCAGAUUUUUCCUCGAGCAGUGAGGAUACAGUGGUUGAAAUACCACACCAAGAGUUUAGAGCUUCAUUUUUGGUUACGGGAAUGACAUGUGCGUCAUGUGCACAAUCCAUCACUGACAACUUAAGAUCGAUUUUAGGUGAAUCAAAAAAAGAAGAUGAACCCAAUUUUUCUGUCAAUGUGAUUCAGCAAUCAGUGGUUGUGAUUAUUCCUAACAAACAGAUUAUUAACAAAAUAGUUGAUGCGAUCAAUGACAUGGGGUUUGAUUGUAAAUUAAUUGAAGUUCUACCAGUGCAAAGAUCGGUUAAUACUAAAGUUACAGCAUUGAUUGGAGGAAUGACAUGUGCUGCUUGUGCAAAUUCGAUUGACAGUGCUGUCAAAGAAUUACCUUUUAUUUUGGAAAGUGGAAUUAAUGUGGUGACUAAAGCUGCUCAAUUUGUUUUAGAGGAUGACGGCGGUCUGAAUAUCGCCAAAUUAAAGGAGACAAUUGAAGAUUGCGGAUUUGAUUUUGAAUUGUUAAGCACCGAGAAAGUCAAUUAUACAUCGGGGAAACAAAAACCAAGAUCUAUCAAUUUAAAAGUAAAUGGAAUGUUUUGUAACCAUUGUCCAGAUAUUAUAACACAAUAUUUAACCAAUUACGGUGAUGCUGUUGUCAUUAAUGAUCCAAUAUCUCUUGACCACCCAGUGAUCAAGUUUACAUAUGUGCCACUGCAAACCUUAAAAACGAGGAAAAUCUUGUUUGAUUUGAACCACCUCAAAGAUGAUGGUAAUGGUGGGUAUACUAUAACUCCUGAUGAAAAAGGCGCUUUUGAAUGUGAAAUUAUUAAACCAGUGACAGUCGAUGAGCACGUUAGAAAGUUGGCUCACAGAGAAGUUUUAGGCUUAGCAAUAAGGUUGGCCAUAGCAACUUUGUUUGCAAUUCCCACAUUUAUAUUUGGUAUUGUUGCUAUGUCGUUGUUGCCUAAACAUCACCCUUUCCGAGUUUGGGUCGAAGAUCCAUUAUGGGUGGGAAAUGUUUCACGGAACUCAUGGAUCUUGUUUAUUUUAGCAACACCGGUUUAUUUUUUUGCAGCUGAUACUUUCCAUCGUAAGGCAAUUAAAGAGAUAAAAUCUUUAUGGUUUCAUAAAAAUUCUUUUAAAUCUAGAUUACUCAAGUUUGGGUCUAUGAAUUUAUUGAUGAGUUUGGGAACAACUGUGGCUUAUUUUGCUAGCAUUGUUUUAAUUGGGUUAAGUGCAACACAGAAACCCAUGACCCAUCAUGGAUUGCACACGACAUAUUUUGAUUCUGUUGUGUUUUUGUCAUUCUUUUUGUUAAUUGGUAAAUUAUUACAAAGUUAUUCUAAAAGCAAAACUGCGGACGCUAUUUCGGAGUUAUCAAAGUUGAAACAAACGGAAGCUACAUUAAUCGAGGAUGACAAAGAUACACGUGUUGAUAUUCAGUUGCUUGAAAUUGGUGAUCAGAUAAGAAUUGGUACAGGGGAGUCUCCACCGGUAGAUUGUGUCUUAGUGGAAGGAAGUACUGAGUUUGAUGAAAGUGCAUUGACCGGUGAAUCGACUCCAGUUAAACAUCAGGAGGGCCACCAGAUCUUUUCCGGUACCGUUAAUAUUGGUAAUAGUUCAGUUGUUGGAAAAGUCACUAGUCUCGAAGGAGAUUCUUUGUUAAAUCAAAUUGUGAAUACGGUAAGAGAUGGUCAAAUGCGCAAAGCACCUAUGGAGCGCACAGCUGAUUUGAUUACUGGUUAUUUUGUUCCAUUGAUUAUUGCUUGUGCCGUUAUUACAUGGGUUAUAUGGUUGGCUUUGGGCUAUUCAGGAGCCUUACCUCAAAGCUAUUUGGACAUUGAUGUUGGUGGAUGGACUGUGUGGUCACUUGAAUUUGCCAUUGCAGUGUUUGUUGUUGCAUGUCCUUGUGGAAUUGGUCUUGCUGCGCCAACAGCUCUUUUUGUUGGUUCUGGAUUGGCAGCAAAGAAUGGUAUUUUAGCUAAAGGUGGUGGGGUUGCAUUCCAGGAUGGAGCCAAUGUCAACAUCGUGUGUUUUGAUAAAACUGGAACAUUGACUAAAGGAGAAUUAACAAUUACUGAUUUCCAUUUCCCUGAUAAAAGCUCUAUUGCUAAAACGUUUGCUUUGCAAGCAGCUCGUGAUUUAGAGGUUCCAUCUCAUCAUCCAUUGGGCAAAGCAGUGAAAUCGUUUGUGACAUCGUACGAUGGAAAAUCAUUGACUGCAAAUAAGAUUCCUCAAGUUGAGACUGUUCCAGGAAAAGGAUUGAGAGGACAAAUAAUCUACGACGAGGGUGAUGAUAUAUGGAAUGAGUACAAGCCAACACAAGCAAUUCUUGGUAACGAAAAAUUAAUGGAAGAAAAUGAUAUUGAAUUCACAGAAAAGGAAAGACAAUGGUUAAAGAAAUGGAAGGGAGAAUGUAAAUCAGUUAUUUUAGUUGGUUUACAGUGCGAAUCAUAUUUUAAAGACUCCAAGUUUCAUUUGGCACUUAUAAUGGCUGCUAGAGACCAGCUUAGACCAGAAACUAAAAAAGUUAUUGAGUUUUUGAAACAUAAAGACAUCGAAUGUUGGAUGAUUACUGGUGAUAACAAGCUUACAGCGGAUGCUAUCGCUAAGGAGAUAGGAAUUGAGAAUGUUGUCAGUGAGGUGUUACCAGAUGAAAAAGAAGCACAAAUUAAAAAGAUUCGACAAUUGAACCUGGGUGGUAAAAAAGAACCAGUGAUUGCCAUGAUUGGUGAUGGAAUCAAUGAUGCUCCAGCUUUAGCCUCGGCGGAUGUUGGAAUUGCUUUAUCUUCAGGUGCAGAUUUGGCAGUAACUUCCAGUGAUUUUAUUUUACUUAACAAAAUCCAUCCUUUAGUGAGUCUUGCAACACUUUUAGAUAUUUGUUCCAAAGUUUUCCAAAGAGUUAAGUUGAAUUUUGGAUGGAGUUUAGUGUACAAUUUGAUAGCUCUUCCUAUUGCUGCUGGGGUGAUCUACCCUUAUAAAAAUUCCAGAUUGGAUCCUGUGUGGGCCAGUGCUGCUAUGGCUUUGUCUUCUGUCAGUGUGGUCUUAAGUAGUUUGGCUUUGAAAUUGUAUAAACCACUGCUCAAAGCUGAAGAUUUUGGUGUUGAUGAUAGUACCGAGAGUGAGCUUUCACCAAACGAAGUAUAA